CUGCCGGGCUCCAACUUCUGCUUCUGUGUCACCACCAUCGGCCACAUCCUCUCUCCACUGAGAACUCGGCUCCACAAGCCCCACCAACUUCCCUCUCUCUGUGUGUACAUGUCAUUCCCCUUUGGGGUCCCACAGGAUGCCCCAGGACGUGACCUAUGCCGACCUGAAGUUCUCCCAGAGCCCCCCAGAAGGGACACGUUUGGAGGACCUCACCUAUGCGAACGUCCAAGCGUCCAGCCACCAGGAGCCAAAGAAAGGUUCCAAGCGGCCACCCUGGCUCCUGGCAGCGGGGAUGGCGGGGAUUGCCCUCGUCCUUCUGGUUGCCCUCAUAGCCCUUGGAGUCCACCACUUGCAGUUCCAGAAAGCGUCUGAGGAAGAGAAGGGCCAGCUGGCUUCACGGCUGGAUCGGGCCAUGGAGGACCUCAACCAAACCCAGGAGAGCAAGACGCAGAUGGAACAGGUGCUGAAUGCCACCUGGGCCCAAGUCGCCAAGGAGUGGUGCCCCGAGAACUGGAUCCUGUACCAGGGAAAAUGCCUCCUCUUCUCCACGGAAAAAAAAAGCUGGACAGAAAGCAAAGAGAGCUGUGACGCUCAUUCGUCCCGCCUUCUCAUCACCCGAUCCUGGCAGCCAGGCCAGCUCGCGGGGCUCCUGAGAAACCGUGAGUACUGGAUUGGACUAAGAAAAACACAGGAAGAAAAGACAAGAUCCUGGAUUUGGACUUGGGCUGAUGGCUCAAAGUAUGAAAGGAACGACCUGUCAGAUUAUGGUACUGAUUCUUGUGCCUACCUCAACAACGGCGAACGGUGGAGUUACUAUUGCUACUAUACUUGUGCCUACAUCUGUGAGAAGACAAAGGCGGGCACACAGUGAGCCCCACUUUAGGGCCAAUGGGUGUGAGGGCCAUGAGUCAGAAGGAGCCCCAUCGCCCACCCCACCCUCCCCAGAGGUCCCUCCUCAGCUUCUAAGGCACCGACCCUCCAACUGCUCUGCAAAAUCCCCACUGAUUCAGCAAGACGGACAGAAGUUUAGCUGAUGAUACUUCAAGAGACGGGCAAGAUCCCUGCAGGGCUGGCUUCCGGUUUGCAAGCGUGCCCAAAGGAGCUUCGUUUGAUGGCCAUCUAGCCCUCUGGAUGUGCAGAAGAUGGAAGGUGUCCAAAGAAGGGAGACCAUUUCAAUAAGAACUGCUCUGGGCUGGGACGCUUCUCACCACGAGACGGGGCCAGUGCUCAAGGAUCAGAAACAGUCUUUGGCACCCCCUCCCCAGACCCUUUGGGGCAGCCCCAGAAGUGCACUUCUAUGGAAUAUCACUUAGUGGUAUCCAUAUUUGUCUAACAAUAGCCAUACUUACUUAGGCGAUACCUCGUAGCUCGAGGAGGAUUGUCUUCCAUCCUUGGUGUCUUGGGGGUGGGUUCGUAGGUGGCUGAAGAGACCUAUUCUUGACCCGCAUGUUCUCCCUUCCGCAGUGAAGACAUCGGUUUCUAGAUGGAAGGCGGUCCCAGUCAGGGUUGGCUUGACGCUCCUUCUUCCUCUUGGCACGUUUCUCCCUUCAGCCCUCCAUUCGUGCCUCUUUGAACUCCGCAGCACUGCUGGCCACAGCUGACCUCCAAUUAGAGCGCUCAAGGGCCAGGGCUUCCCAGUUCUUAGAGUCUAUGUCACAGUUUUUAAGGUUGGCUUUGAGCCCAUCUUUAAAUCUCUUUUCCUGUUCACCAA